AAACCCUGAGAAAAGAUUAAUACUACAAUGACAAGCUGUCUUGUUCUUGAAAAAGGCUUCAUUUACGAACAAGAAACCCAUCUUACCGUCUUCAAAACCUCCUUAUUCUUCGCCGGCGACGGCUUCACCGUCUACGAUUGCAAAGGAAAUCUCAUUUUCCGAGUCGAUUCUUACGGCCCAGAUUCCCGCGAUAAGGAUCAAAUUGUUCUCAUGGAUGCCUCCGGCACCUGUCUCCUCACCGUCCGUAGAAAGGUACAAUCUUUUCAAAUAAUCCUCCUAUUUCCAACCAAAUUUAUAUUUGUUGUGUUCUUAAAACAGAGACCAAGUUUGCAUCAACGAUGGGAAGGAUACAAAGGAGAAGGAAAGAUUAAGAAAAAGAAGCCUAUAUUCAGUGUUAGAAGAUCAUCGAUCAUAGGUCGGUCGUCCGGCGUGACGGUUGAAGUGUACGGAGACGAGGAUGGCGAUAGUACUUCUCCGGCGGCGGAGGAGUAUCAGAUUGAUGGGUCGUUCAGGCAACGGUAUUGUACGAUUAUGAAUUCGGAGAAGGAGAUGGUGGCGGAGAUUCGACGUAAAGUGGAUUCGUCAACGAAAGUCUUGCUUGGGAAAGACGUUUUUUCUCUUUGUUUAAGACCUGGAUUUGAUGCGGCGUUUGCGAUGGGAAUGGUGCUGGUUCUUGAUCAGAUCUAUGGAGAUUAUGAUGAUGAUGAUCUUGAUGAUGCAGAAGCUAGUGCUAAGGUGGAACCCAUGUGUGAUCAGGAUGAUUAGUGUAUGAUUUCGAAAUAAUUAUUAUAAU